AUGGCAUCAAAGGAUCAACUUAUUCUUGGUUACUGGGAUAUUCGAGGCUUUGCUGAACCAUCUCGUUUAUUAGUUCAUUAUACAAAAACGCCAUUUACAAAUAAAUUAUAUCAUUUUGGUGAUGCACCCGAUUUUAAACGUGAUGAAUGGCUCAAAGAAAAAAAUUCUUUAGGUCUUGAUUUUCCCAAUUUACCAUAUUUAAUUGAUGGUAAUUUAAAAUUAUCACAAGCAAAAACAAUUUUAACACAUCUGGGUCGUAAAUUUAAAUUAAUGGGUAACAAUGAAGCUGAAACAUCAAUUAUUGAAUUACUUAUUGAUCAAUCAAAUGAUUUAAGACAAGAAUUAAAUAAUGUCUGUUAUCGUGCUAUUAAUUUUGAAGCUGUAAAAAAGAAAUUUUGUGAAGAAACUUUACCAAUACAUUUAAAAUUAUUUGAAGAUUUUCUUGUACGACAAGGAAAAAAAUGGUUAGUAAGUGAUGCAUUAACAGCAGCUGAUUUUCAAUUAUUUGAAUAUCUUGAUCAUUGUUGGCUUUUAUCAAAUGAUGAUUGGGCUGAAUAUCCGAAAAUACUUGCUUAUAUGAAAGCAUUUCGUGAAUUACCUGAAUUAAAAAAGUAUUUCGAUAGUGAACAUGCUAAACGUCCAAUUAAUGGUAAAAUGGCUAAAUUUGGUGGUGUAGUUGUUCAACAUGAAACAAAAAAGAAAGAAGAACCGGCGAAAACUGAAGAAAGUGAACCACCUCCAACAACUUAA